ACUGAGUAAAGGAUAAGACAUCAUCAUUCACCACUCAUAUGUGGGAGAGAGACACGACAUGAACAUGAACAUGAACAUGAACACGAACAUGGCUUCCAAGUCCAAUUCCACAAUAUUUGGAGUUCCUUCUUUCACAACAUGCCCUUUCUCUACGACUAGAGCUAGAACCUGCUGCAUUCAUGUUCUUGCCCUUCCAAAUGCAAAAACCAGAGACACUGUUUCUCUCAGUCUCAGUAUGUUCAAGAGGAGGAGCUUGGGUGGAUUUUUUAGUCCCAUUGAAACAACUCUCGGACAUCUCAAUACACCAAUUUCAGCCCUUAAUUCAGGUUUAGAAGCAUCAAUUACAGAUUCCAACGAACUUUCAGCCGUGUUAACAAAUGCCAAAAUAGUACUAGAUUCCCAAGAUGAAAAUAAGAUACAACUGAGAGUGGACUUGACUGGUGAUCAAACACAAAAAGUAUUUGAUAGAAUCGUAACAAACUUAGGUCGUACUGCCCCACCAGUUCCAGGAUUUCGCAUGCAAAAAGGAGGAAAAUCAUCAAAGAUCCCAAAGGACUUCCUUGUUCAGAUGCUAGGGGAAGAACGGGUUAUCAAAUUUGCAAUACAAGAAAUACUCAACUCUACCAUGGCUGAUUAUGUGAAAAAGGAAAACAUGGAUGAAAAGGACUGGAAGAUAAGCACUACUCAAACGGCAGAACAACUCAAGAAGUCAUUCACUCCAGGGAAUGACUUUGGCUUCAAUGUUACACUUGAGCCUGAAAAUUAGUAAGAUUCUAAUGAUGGGAGAUCUAGUUGUGGAGCAUAAUUUGCAGAUUAAAGAGUUGUUAUUUAUUGGUCAGUUUGGUCAACACAUAAAAAUAGGCUACAAUAUUCUGUUAUGAGCCUUGCAAGAAAAAAUGUACAAGAAACUCAUUUUUAGAUUUUUCAUCCUGAGUUUGAAGGGAUACCAAAGUGACUGAGUUAUAUAUUACUGCCUCCUAGUGUCAUAUGUUACAAACUUUGAUUCUCAUACAGAGCCUUUUUAUUAAGGGCUUGUCAAAUGAUGAGCUUCAUUUUUCUGUCUA